UUGAAUUGUCACAAUAAAAUGAAAUCGGCGUGACUUUUUGUGCCAAAAACCUCUUUUUGAUAAAACUUUAUAUUAAUAUAUUUCACAAGAAAUAUAUGAUUAAAAACAUUAAACUGUAAGUUUUUGGAAUAAAAUUUAAAAAGCUUCAAGAUAAUGGAAGUAGAAAAUGGCGAAGGUCAAGUGCAGGUGCGGCUUAAAACUAAACAAGAGCACUUUGCCGUACCAGAUGUUCCGUACACAAUAGAAGGAAGCGUAACCACCGCAGACUUAAAUACAUUUGUAAAUACUUUACUAGAGCAAGCAGCUCUGAAUAAUAGUGAAUACAAGGCACCAAUUGAAUUAGACUUCAUAGUGUUUGAUGAAUAUUUGCGUGGUCGUUUGUGUGAUCACAUACGAGAAAAAGAGUUUUCUUUUGAAGAUACUAUUGACAUUGAGUAUGUUGAACGUUUUCCCGCACCAGAACCUCAGGACUGUCUUUUACAUGAUGAUUGGGUUUCCGCUGUAAAAGCCUGUGACAAAUGGAUAUUAACCGGAUGUUAUGAUAAUACCAUAAACAUAUGGACGGUAAAAGGCAAACAUGUAUUAACCAUACCUGGCCAUACACAGCCACUAAAGGCAGUUGCUUGGAUAUCGGUUGAUGAUCAACGCGGAAAAUUCGUUUCAUGUUCACAAGAUCAGACGGCGAUGUUGUGGGAGUGGUUGGUUGGGACGAAUUCUGUUGAAUGUGUCUCGAUAUGUAAAGGACAUGAGCGGGGUAUAGAUUGUGUUGAUGUUAGUCCGGAUAAAACAAAGCUUGCUACAGGCAGUUGGGACACAAUGUUAAAAAUAUGGUCGGCAGAAAUUAAUGAAGGUUGUGAAGGAACAUUUAAGAGACAAAAAGAAAGUGGUACAACAAGGGUUCCUGAUAUUACUCUGCAAGGUCAUCGCGAAUGUAUAUCUUCUGUACAAUGGAUGGACGCUGAGACAGUUUUAACAGGAAGUUGGGAUCAUACUUUGAAAAUUUGGGACUUACAUCUCGAAGGAAUUAAAUCAGAAAUUUCUUCGAAUAAAUCGAUAUUUGAUGCAAGUUAUUCAAAAUUAAAUCGUCUCAUUAUAACCGCAUCAGCGGAUAAAAACUUACGACUUUACGAUCCACGUACAAACCAGGGCAAUCUUGUUCGUAACACAUAUUUUGGGCACAGUCAGUGGGUGCAAACAGUCAUGUGGUCCUCAACGGAGGAAUACUUAUUUAUAUCUGGUUCCUAUGAUAAUCAAAAUAAAUUAUGGGAUUAUAGAAGCCCUAAGGCCCCGCUCUACGAUUUGCUUGGACAUGGAGACAAAGUAUUGGACAUUGAUUGGUCAAAUCCAAAGUAUAUCGUGUCCGGCGGUGCUGACAAUACUGUAAGAGUUUUCAAGUCUCGAAAAGUUAUGGUGCCCGAACCAAUGGAUGAUACUAAAUAAAGGCAACUGGACUAGAAACAUGAAUUUUCUAAGAAAAUUACGAAUAAAUGUAUGUUUUAUACUUUUAAUAGAUAAAUUAAACUUUGUUAAAACAUAAGAUUGCAGCAAUAAAUACUGAGAAUUUUCCAUUA